CUAGAAAAUUAAUUGACUUCCGGGAUUUAUAUAAAACUACAGAUUUGGUAUUUUUCCAUUAACUUGCAGUGAAUGCGGAUUCUCUCUUACAUAAUCGUUCGAAUCCAAAAACAUUAAGAUGUAUUGCUUCUACCAUGACAUCCUAAUGAGGAACAUAGGGAAGAUCCUGGCUUUUGGCCUCAUCUUUGCUCAAAUAAUGCAGAAUAAUGGUUUAUCUGCCUACGUACUCCAAACCUUCAGUGGUUCAAUUGGUGCUGGGAAUUACACAUACUACAAGCUUACACGUCAGGGACCCAUGGUACUUCAUUUAACUACGACACAAGGAGAUGCUGACAUCUAUAUUUCAUCUGAAACAUUAUCUCCGACUUUUGAAAACUAUGACAUCCAGUCUGUCACAUGUGGCGAUGAUAUCAUACAGGUUACAACUGAUUUAAAAAGGCCAAUUGGUGUUGGUGUUUACGGACAUCCAGCCCAUGAAACUUCUAAAUAUAAGCUCAGUUUAUACACGGGGUAUGAAGAUGACACAUAUCAGCCAUAUUCUUACUCUGAUGCUGAUGACUCCGACGCAUCUAAAGACAGUUCCAAAGACUAUAACGGGAUGCCAGGAAAGAACAGUUUUCCUUUAAAAGAUGAUGAAGAGUCUCUCUUCUAUACAAUAGUGAUCAACAUUUUAAAAAUCAUUUUUGACAUUCUGUUAUGAUUGCCUACAUUCAGAAUAUUCUACCCUAUGGUUUCUACAAAAUAAGAUUAUCUCCGAUUCAAAUAAUCAUUUUUAGAUGCUCAAUUUUUUUAUACCAACCGGAAUUUUUAUAGUGUUUAAAUUCUCAUCUGAUUCACUUAGUAACUUAUACAGGGUGUUCAAAAGUUCUUGCAAAGGUACUCUAAAAUUUUUGUUUCCCGCUCAAUCUCACUCAGUGUUCUUACACUAUUCAUACAUUUGAAUCUUAAAUUAUAAUGAAUAGGUCCUUAAAGA